ACGUUGGGCCCCCGCCCCUGCUCUCCGAGGCGCUCCCGCAGCUCCGGCACCGCCCUCCGGCAGUUUGGGAGCCAGAGCGGGCGGAGCGGCGCCCGCCACGGCGCGCCAGGGAUGGGCGGAGCCGCCCGCCUCCAAGCGCGGCUGUGCCCGCCCCCCGUAUCCCACACUGCCCCGGGACCGGAAGGGCAUCUGCGGCUUCCGCAACCUUCCCCGCCACUCCGAGCAGUCUCUCAUUCGAGCUGGUGGCGAUCUGGUGUCUUUGCUUGUUAUGGCCGCUGCCGUCGCUAUGGAGACAGAUGAUGCUGGAAAUCGACUUCGGUUUCAGUUGGAGUUGGAAUUUGUGCAGUGUUUAGCCAACCCAAAUUACCUUAAUUUUCUUGCCCAAAGAGGUUACUUCAAAGACAAAGCUUUUGUUAAUUAUCUUAAGUACUUGCUUUACUGGAAAGAACCAGAAUAUGCCAAGUAUCUAAAGUACCCUCAGUGUUUACACAUGUUAGAACUGCUCCAAUACGAACACUUCCGAAAGGAGCUGGUGAAUGCUCAGUGUGCGAAAUUUAUUGAUGAACAGCAAAUUCUACACUGGCAACACUAUUCCCGGAAGCGGAUGCGCCUUCAACAAGCCUUGGCAGAGCAGCAACAGCAAAAUAACACAUCAGGAAAAUGAAAAGCUGGAUACAGACUCUUAAGACAUGUAUAUAACGUAUUUCUUUUGUACAGCGAAGACAAAAGACUUCCUACCUACCUUUAUUGUGGUAGCACCUAAAACCUUUAGUGUGUUUUUUAUCCAACUAACUUUUUAUUGUUAAUAGACUAUUUCUGUUAAACCAGAAUUGUUCUACUUUGA